AUGUCCGUGGGUUUAUACUCUCUGAUAGACGACACGAAUGUCAGCAGCAACUGCGGUUCCAACGGGUUUACUGAGGUGCGGCGCUUACCGGCGACUCAAGUGAACUCGUGGGAGUUUCGAAGGCACGCGCAGGAGGGGUCUGUUAUGCCCAAUGCUCUUGUCGCCUGCGACGUGGAUGGGGAUGGAGUGGCAGAGAUCGUCUUUGGCACCACCGGGGGGCAAAUCCUCGUGGUGAAGGCGGAUCAUCGCAUACCAAUCUACUCCCGCACACUUACCGCGACCAUCUCCAUCGUGCUGUACAGCGUGGCCUACCGUCGACUGGUGGUGCUGACGCUGGAAGGGCAGUGCGAAGUCACGGAGGGAUUCCUCGUGGGGGGCUGCAGGCCUGCACCACCGGCAUCCAGCACCUCAGGCCAAAGCAAGCGACAGCUUGAUGUGGUGUCCACACUCAGUGUGGACACCAGCAGCCACCUAACUAACUAUGUGACUGGUCAGGACGAGGGAAUCAAGGUAAAUAAUACCUCGUUUAUGUCUUCGCAUGUUUUCUGCGUUGCCCCAAACUGCACUUGCGGCGAUAUCACGGCCGAAGAAGGCGCCACUACAGUAUUUUUAGGCUCUGAAAACUGCAUCUAUGCGUACUCCCUCACACCGGAUGGCGAGUGUCUUGGCUCACUCUUUUUGCAGGCACCUGUGACCUCCAUGAGAUGUUUCACGGUUCCAUUUGCCACGGAAGGCUAUUUACACGUUCUCAACCCCCCUCCUUUACAAUUCUCGAAAAAUACUGCGGCGACAACGCAGACACCCCUUCGCGAUUUUUUUUCUGGAAAUGGUGAAGUGUGUGGCGGGAUCCCCCAGCAGCCGAUGGAGGGCGCCACAUUGCUGCUGUUAAGUUGUCAGGAACAGCUUGUUCUACUCAACGCAUCUACGAGCAGUGUAAGGGCGUGGGGCGUGUCAGGCCGGUCGCGGUGUGUUGCGAUGUUGGAGGAGGCAGCUGCAGAUUCCAUAGGGAAGGUCACUGGACGUGAUGCCUGUAUGGCUUCGUGCUCCUCUGCUCAUUGCACGGAGGUACUAUUUUCCGAUUACGCGGCCAACGCCGAAACGACACUCUUGCAACCACUAUGGCAAUGUUGGAUGAGCCGCUUGUCAGAACUGCAACAACAGCCUCGCCCACAGACGUUCUCGCUGGAUGAAGGUCGUGUGCAGAGCUGGAAACGUAAGGCAUCACCAGAGGGGGGCACGGUUCCUGUGUCUGAUAUUGUUAAUGCGGUGGCGCGAGAUGAAGCGGGGUUGUCGCCAAGCAAGCAGAUUGUACGACGCAGCCUCGGCACCUCCGUCGUUGCAGGUGGUGCAUCACAUCGGAGAGAAGAUAGUGAAAUGCCGUUGGAUGUGUUGGAACACGGUUUGCAGCUUUCCUUCGCAGUGGAUGUGGCAGUGGGUAGAGAUAAGCUGCAGUUCGCCGUUGUCGGCGAGGAUGGGCGUUGGUUCAUACUUGAGAUGUCACCUGCGUACAACAGCAGUCUGACGGAGGCGGUACGAACAGUGUCAAGUACAGCCCCCGAUAAGACUGCCACUCAUGAGGCCCCUAUAAAAUGGGUCAAAGCCUCUAUCCUGUGCAUAGCAUCAGGUAAUCUGAAACCACAGUGGAUGCUGCAGUGUUUUUGUUACUACUGUGUUGAAAACGAUGAAUUUUGCUCCGUAUUUUUUUCCACGGAGGGCACCUGCUACUUGGUGAACGGCAACAGCAAGACAUGUAUUGAGUCGUAUCUGAAGGCGGAUGCAAUGUCUUGUGCUAUCGUGAAAGGUGGGGUCAUGGGGAACCCCAUGCACCCAUGUUGGGCUCCUUCCAGUCGUGCAGCGACAAGCAUGCCUACCGGCGUCUCCGCUGCUUCGUUGCAACCACAAAGCAGGCUUGGAUGUUGUUGCGGCUGCAACUGUGGCUCUGUAGAAACAUGCAAUAACCGUAAUAUUUUUCUCGUGUGUCUGACUAUGGAUGAGAUUGUGCUUUCUUCGGUGGGUGGGGAGUCGUUCCUUUCAGCGCAGCAGUGUUCAGGGCACCGGACAGGCGCAGGAGAGCAAACAUGGAAGUCCUCAGGGCCUGUAGCCAUUGCCCACGCCGCAAACAUGGCCGCAGCUGGUGGGAUGAUGCAUGGGCGGAGCGAGGUUUGUGGUGUCUGCGGCAUCCCCACGGAAGGCGGUGUGCACGUCGGCGAUGACGUGGAUGGCGAGGAUGAAAGAGAGGAGGAACUGAUGCUAGAAUUGGGUACCGCCUUACUUGAAGCGGAAGGCUGCGCAGACCCGGCGACGCUAUUCUCUCCAGAAGAGCGUCGCUUUGUGGCGCGGAAGCUGUGCGUCGCCGGUUACACACCGCAUGAGUGGGAUUUGCUGCAGCAGAUGCAUGCGGAGUUAUCGGAAUAA